AUGAAACAUCUGAUAAUAGGUUUCCCGGUCGGAUGGUAUGUAUCCAGUUGCGGAGACUUCAAUGACUAUUCACCCAAACAGCAGAUCUCCUCAGCUGAACAUGCAGCCAGCAGAUAUUGUCAGGUAUAUGAGAGCUGUGAAGAGGCAGACCUAGCAGAUUUGGUCCGCGGCGGGUUCCAGCCGCGCCUUCCGACUUCGCUGCCGCCCCCAGGGCAGCAGCAGCAGCCGUCGCCGCUACCACGCCGACAGCCCGUCCCGUUGAUGCCUCCCGCGCAGCUUCAUCCGGGAGCGCCCCAGGUGGUCGCUCCGGCGCCUGCGGUCCCUCUUCAGUCGCCACCGCCUUCGGAGCUGAUGGACGUCGACCCCUCAGCCGGGCCGCCUUCCCAAGCGGUGGCUGUGCAGCCUGUCCUGCAGCCGCUUUCCCUGGGCACCCCCAAGGAGUCUGACACCGCAGCGCCUUGUCCGGCGCCCACUCAGCAGCCGUCGACGCAGCAUUUGGUCCGCGGCGGGUUGCAGCCGCGCCUUCCGACUUCGCUGCCGCCCCCAGGGCAGCAGCAGCAGCCGUCGCCGCUACCACGCCGACAGCCCGUCCCGUUGAUGCCUCCCGCCCAGCUUCAUCCGGGAGCGCCCCAGGUGGUCGCUCCGGCGCCUGCGGUCCCUCUUCCGUCGACACCGCCUUCGGAGCUGAUGGACGUCGACCCCUCAGCCGGGCCGCCUUCCCAAGCGGUGGCUGUGCGGCCUGUCCUGCAGCCGCUUUCCUUGGGCACCCCCAAGGAGUCUGACACCGCAGCGCCUUGUCCGGCGCCCACUCAGCAGCCGUCGACGCAGCGUCAGGAGACGCUGCCUCUCUUCGUGGGUCCCGACGCCCCGUCGCGUCCAGUACCAGAAGCUGCGCCCGUGGUCACAGGCACUGUUACCUGCGAAGCCAACACAUCUCAUACAGCUUGA